AUGGUGCCCCUGCUGCUGCUGCCCCUGCUGUGGGGGGGGUCCCCGCAGGAGGAUCCAGGUUUCGAGCUCCGAGUGCAGGAAUCGGUGACGGUGCAGGAGGGUCUGUGUGUCCACGUGCCCUGCUCCUUCUCCUACCCCUGGAGCUCGUGGUCUUCCCCUGAGGAGCUCUACAUAUACUGGUUCCGGGAAGGGGAGACCUAUUAUCCUGUGGCUACAAAUGACCAAACGAAAACGGUGAAGAUGGGGACCCAGGGCCGAUUCUACCUCGUCGGGAACCCCUCGGACAAGAACUGCUCCCUGAGAAUCAGAGAAGCCAGGAAGAGGGACGAGGGAGUCUACAAUUUCCGAGUGAAGACAGACUACGUGACAUACAGUUACAGAGCUAAGAAGCUGACCGUGAAGGUGGCAGCCCUGACACAGAAACCCGACAUCCACUUUCCGGAGCCCCUGAAGUCUGGCUAUCCCACAAACCUGACCUGCAGUAUGCUGGGAUCCUGCGAAGAGGGAAGACCUCUCACCUUCUCCUGGGUGGGGCGUGCUCUUGACUCGCUGGACCCCCAGACCCUCCGCUCCUCAGUGCUGACCCUCACCCCGAGGCUGCAGGACCAUGGCAGCAACCUCACCUGUCAGGUGCACCUGCCAGGAGGUCAGGACACCGUGGAAAGAACCAUCAGGCUCAAUGUCUCCUACGCUCCCCAGAAACUCAACAUCAGCAUCUUCUUCAGCGAUGUUGCAGUCCCAAAGAUUGUGGAAAACACCUCAUCGGUUCUCAUCCUGGACGGCCAGGCUCUGGGGCUGCUCUGUGCUGCUGACAGCAGCCCCCCUGCAGAGCUGAGCUGGUUCCGGGGGUCCCCCGCCCGGAAUGCCACCCCCAUCUACAGGAGUGCAAACCUGGACCUGGCUCAAGUAGGGGCUGCAGACGAAGGAGGCCUCCUCACCUGCCAAGCUCAGAACCCGCUGGGCUCCCAGCACGUCUCCCUGCGUCUCUCUGUGGUCUAUCCCCCGCGGCUGCUCAGCCCCUCCUGCUCCUGGGAGGGCGAGGGGCUGCACUGCAGCUGUUCCUCCCGAGCCCAGCCGGCCCCCACCCUGCGCUGGCGGCUGGGGGAGGGGCUGCUGGAGGGGAACCACAGCAACGCCUCCUGGACCAUCACCUCCAGCUCUGCGGGGCCCUGGGCCAACAGCUCCCUGAGCCUCAGUGGGCCGCUGGGCUCCGGCCUCAGAGUCAGCUGCGAGGCCCUGAACGCCCACGGGAAACAGAGCGCCGCCUUCCUACUGCUGCCAGGGAGAUCAGUGUUCCUGGCAGGAGCCGUGCCUGCUGCUCUUGGAGGUGCUGGUGCUAUGGCCCUGCUGUCCCUAAGUCUGUGCCUCCUCUUCUUCUGCGUAGUGAAAGCCCGCAGGAAGCAAGCAUCCAGGAGUCGAGAGGGCCUAGAUGAUGAAGAUCCUGUCAUGGGUACAGUUGCCUGGGGUUCCAGGCAAAAGCCCUGGCCAGGCAGCCCCCCAGCUCAAGCGACCCCUGCCAGGGAUGCCCUUCCCUCAGGGGACAAACAGGAGCUCCAUUAUGCCUCCUUCAGCUUUCACGGGAUGAAGUCGAGGGAACCUGAGGAUGAGGAAGCCACCGACACCGGCGAGUACUCAGAGAUCAAGACAAGCAAAUGA